AUGAUUCCAAUUCCGACUCCCUCAGUCAUACCAAACGCCGCAAAUAUCUUCCUCGUGUCGUCGGUGUGCCGUCGUUGGCGCGAUCUAGCUCAGCGUGGCGUCUCCACCCUUCUCGUUGAUCGAAAGCAUGCCAUUUCCCGCCAGCUCCUCUCAAAUGCCGUCGCGCGCUUCCCUCACCUCACCCACCUCCAUGUGUGCGACGGCAGUGUGAAAACCCUAGACGACGCCUUCCUAGCGCACCUCGCGUCGUCGUGCCCUAAGCUCACGAUUCUCCACGUGGGACGCGCGAUCGCGUGGCAUGAAGGGGACGAUCUCCUCGGCCAGCACGAGCACGCCAUCACCCAGGCUGGUCUGGAUCGCUUCUUCCAGCGAUGCACUCAGCUGGAGCAGCUCUCACUGCUCUGCCUCCAUCGGGACGUCGAGCUACCGCCGUCCUUCUUCCACCUCACGCGUCUUCACACGCUGGCGUUGACAGCCGCCUCUGCCUUGGAACCUCCGAAUCUGGGCAGCCUCGGCGCGCUCACCACUCUCCACAUCGCGUCGCCGGAGUUGAGCGAGGAGCAGCUCGCGAAUGUGCGUCGCCUUCCCAGCAUCACCAACCUCUCACUCUCUGCCCAAACCACGUUUUCUCCUCGUGACCCGGGCUUGGCUGCAUUCAUGAUCUCAGAGCUACCGUUGCUCAAAUCGUUGAGGACCGCCACUUGUGGCUCAGAGUUCGCCUGCCUCACAGCGCUCACCACACUGUGCCUGGGGCACGUGCCGCUGCCAUCGCACAUCGGGCGCCUGCGCAACCUGCACACGCUGCUUGUGACACACAGCUUCUGGCAGUGGUUCUUCCCGCCCUCGCUGUCCCACCUCUCGUCGCUCACAAGCCUCGUGCUGCACGGGUGCGGCGUGCAUGAGCUGCCGGAGGGCGUGGGGCAGCUGACCAACCUGCGCCACCUGCACGUCCUGUCCUGCCCGCACCUCAACACCCUUCCACCGUCGCUCACGCGCCUCACUCGCCUGGAGUCUCUCACACUCUCAGACUGCGAGAGUCUCGCCUUGGCGCCCACCAGGUGGGACGGGCUCACGAGGCCCAAGCGCCUUGAGGUGGCCGGGUGUCACAUUCUCAAGCGGCCUCAUCACGUGCUGCCGCCGUCGCUUGAAACGCUCAUCUGGGGAGGAAACGCGCACAGGGUGCCUCUGCCACACGUCUCCACGCUCACGGGUCUUCGGUCGCUCUGCCUGGCCAGGGUUGCCGUGGCGUGUGGGGCGGGUGUGAGCAGGAGUCUACCUCACAUGGAGCAUCUAGCUCUGCACUUGCCAGACGACGCAGAGGAGCUUCCAUUCGCCUUGGCACAUCGCUCUCGCCUGCACUCCCUGGCUAUUCAUGGCGGGCGGAGGCUCCAAAGGCUGCUGGCCCAUAUCGGGUCAGCACUGCCGCAGCUGCGCACGCUCAUGCUGAAAUCCGUGGGCGAGUUGAGGGAGCUGCCAGCGAGUGUGAGUGCGCUGCACCACCUCACGUCCCUGACGGUUGACUCCGCGCCCAAGCUGGCCUCGCUUCCACAUGGCAUUGCUGCCUUAUCCAGUCUGCAGGAACUGCAGCUCAUCUCGUGUAAGCAACUUGAGCAUGUGCCUGUCUCCCUCUCCCACCUUACCCGCCUGCACUAG